AUGCCGAGCAAUGCGGGGCGGGAGGUCUCCGAAUUGUGGGCGGGCGCCCGCGCACUGGCCCAAUAUUUCGCGGCAUUGGAGGGAGGUUUCCGGCUGUCAAUGCGGAAGCCGUCCAAACACUCGCUUCCCGUGCUUUCCCGAACGUUCUCAAGAAAUGGCAAGCUUCUCCCCCAGUGCCAGGCCACAUCCUCCCCACGCGCGCGGCGGCGCGAAUCCACGCGAAUCGGGCCAGCGACGGGCGUUUCCAUCGCGCUGGCUGCCAUUGCCACGCUCUGCCUCUUUCCGGUGCGGCACUCCCUGGAGCUCACCCUCUCGCUCGCCCCCUUCCCACGCACCUCCUGCGAUUCCGCCUCCCGCCGCGUGGUCCCGCCAGACUGCCACCUCGCGAAGUUCCGCGCGACUCAGCGAUGGAGAUGCUGCACCGCGGUCCUGUCCGCGUCAGCCUUGCCCCCGCUCCGUGGUCUGGGCCUCCUCGGUGCCUACUCCCGCGUCCUCUGCAUCGCCGCUGGCGCCGGCCACGCUGUCCACGCGUUCCGCUCCACGGGCGUGCGGGAAGUCGCUGGGGUGGACCUCGUCGAGUUCCCCCCUCUCGUUCGCUGCGGGGACCCGCACCACCUGCUCUUCUCGGCCGGCGCCUUCGACCUCCUCUUCUCCGACGACCCCAGGGCGAUCUCUGGCGCGCUCUUCCCGAUCUGCCUCGCGGCCGAGGCCGAACGUGUCGUCUGUCGCGGCGGCGGCAGGCCGGCGCGGAGGUCGGGGUCGUCGGAGACGGGGGCUGGAUUCGCCGCGCCGCAAGUGGUGCCAUUUCUUGGUUUCUUCUACUGCAAAGAGUAG